UUCACCAUUGGAAAUAUCUAGCUGACUAAAUAGCAGCACUUGACCGGCUUGGUUUUGUUGUGACUUGUGAUCGAGUAGACGGCGUUGCAACAAGUCUAACCCUAAUAUUACGGACAAUAUAUCAAGUAGCUUUAAGCGACCGACUAUUUCCUUUAAAAUAUGGCUGUCAACACGGGCACCUCCCUCGUCCUCUCCAGCCUGUUGUCAGUACUGGUGUUUGCGGGCAUGCAGAUGUUCAGUCGACAGCUGGGUUCCUCUGAGUGGUUGACCAUCCUGGGCGGGUUCCUGGGCUCUGUCCUGUUUAUCUGUUCCUUGACUGCCUACAACAAUCUGGAGAACCUUAUUUUUGGGAAGGGGUUCCAGGCCAAAAUCUUCCCAGAAAUUGCGAUGUGCCUGUUUAUUUCUCUCUUUGCCUCUGGACUGGUGCACCGCGUCUGUGUCACAACCUGUUUGAUCUUCUCUCUCUUCGCUCUGUACUAUAUAAAUAAAGUCUCAGCUGCUCUCUAUCAAGCUUCGGUUCCUGCAGCAACUCCAGCCAAAACAGCCAGCAAGGGAAAGAGGAAGAACUAAGGUCCACCAGCCAAUGCAAUCUCCACAGCAGUCACCCUUGUCCAAUCACAGAGAAACCUAUACAGCAAAGUGGAGCAUCCACAAUGACCUUUUUUUUUUUUUUUUUUUUAACAUUCCAUAAAUCACUUGUUCAUCCACUCUGUUUAACUGCAGUGCUCCCAGUCUUCUACUUUACAUACAGUUCCUUCAUGACAAUAUGGUCUGUCCAUGGAAAUGUGAUUAAAUGGGUUUGAUAUAAAAA